AUGGCAGGUAUUAUAAUUGUCCAAGGCACUGCCUUUGCCACAACUAUCAACGGCGCAGCCGCCUUAAUCUUUUUGGUUAUCAGUCUACUUAUCGUCCUCCAUAGUCUCCGGUGCAUCUAUGGAAGAUGUCUCCAACGACGAUAUAUGGUCAGCGGCAUCAGCCACAGUGACCAGCAAGACCCUCAGCUAUUCAUUGCUAUUGGAGACCCACAAAAUCCCUCAAUUGAACCACCUAAGACGGGGCUAUCCCCAUCGGUGAUCGCUGCAUUACCGACGUUCGUUUACAAAAAACACGACCAAACUGAUGGCACCGGUGACACGAUGGAGUGUUCGAUUUGCUUGAGCACAAUAGAAGAAGAAGAGACGGUUAGACUUCUACCCAAUUGUUCGCAUGUGUUCCAUGUACAGUGCAUUGAUAUGUGGCUGAGCUCGCAGACGACAUGCCCUAUAUGCCGUACUGUAGCUCAACCUCAAACACCAUCGGUGCCUGAUCAGCAAGAAACCGAAAAAGAGACACAUUUACAGGUCCUAGAUCCUGAUGAAGAAACAACCACUAUAGUUCCACCAUUGGAACCAUUGAACUCAGUGAUACCAAGUUCAGAAGCUGCAUCAGGUGACACUUCACAAUCUUCAAAGGUGGAUGCUUCGAGCUCACGACCGAGCUCCUUCCGUAAGAUCCUUAGUUGGACCAGAUCUGGGAGGAAAUUUCAGCAGUUGGAGCUAUCAGCAGUAGAUCAUGGAGUAGAAGAUCCAUAG